AUGGAGAAGAACGGAGAUGAAGGCAAGGAUGUUACAGUUGAAGAACAGAAGGGAUACAAGGCUGAAGACCAGGGUGCUGAGAACUGGGGAGAUGAGUAUGAGCCUCAGCCUGUGAUGGUGCCACCCAAGAACAGCCAGUGGGUUGCCAUCUGGUCAUUCUUCUGCGAGCCAUCAGGGCAGCAGAGAAGCACAAGCAAGGGCAUCAUGGAGAAACUGAGGGACGUUGUGAGUAGGGAAGACCCUGAGGAUAAAUACUUAGAAUUGCAGGAACUUGGCCAAGGGGCGUCAGGAACAGUUUAUCGGGCUAUUGAGAUGUCCAGAGGACAGGAGGUGGCUAUCAAGCACAUUAACAUCCAGAAAGAGGCAGAGGUGGUUCUCCUGAACGAAAUCAGGUUCAUCAAGGGCAACAAGAGCCCAAACCUUGUCAACUACUUAGACAGCUACAUGGCAGGUGAGGAGCUGCUGAUUGGGAUGGAGUACCUGGAUGGAGGGUCCUUGGCCGAUGUUGUCCUGGAGCUGUGGAUAGAGGAAGAGCAGACAGCAGCCAUCUGUAGGGAGUGUCUGCAGGGCCUGGACUUCCUGCACUCCAACAACAUCGUCCACCGUGACAUCAAAAGCUACAACAUCCUGCUGGGCAUGGACGGGGCCGUCAAAGUGGCUGACUUUGGACUCUGUGUUCAGCUCACCUCCGAGAAGAGCAAGAUGAGGGAGUGCGUUGGGACCCCUCACUGGAUGGCACCAGAGGUGGUUAAGAGGGAGCCUUGUGGUCCCAAGGUGGACAUUUGGUCCCUUGGGAUCACUGCCAUCGAGAUGGCAGAAGGAGAACCACCUUACAGCCACGAACAAUACAGCAGGGUGGGAACCCUGAUAGCCACCAAGGGGACCCCAGGGCUGCAGAACCCAGGGCAGCUGUCAGCUGAGCUGCUGGACUUCCUGCAGCACUGCCUGGAGGUGGAUGUGCAGAGGAGAUGGUCUGCCAAGGAGCUUUUGGAGGUAAAAUGCAAAGGGCUGCAAGGGAAGAAGCUGCAAUCGAAAGUGCAGCGGGAGGUCGGAGACGCACUGUGGGACGCGGUUCUUAGCAACGGAACAGACUCUGAGUCGCCCCGCCAGCUAAGUCCCGCCCGGCGGGAGGUGCUCCGCGCGUUACUAAAAAUGAAAGCCGAAAGAAACACGGCGGCAGUGGCUUUCCUGGUACUUCUCCUAGCUCUGCCAGCCGUUCCGAACAGCUCUGACGCGUGCGCGGCGCCAGGUUUCUCCUCCACCCCCGCCCCGAAGAACGAAGGCUCCGUGGUUCGGUUUUUCGGUCUCGGCAGAGCUGCUUCCGUUAAAGGCGUGGCUGGGAAGGUUGCCAGCUCUGUGGCGGAGUUGAAAAUGAGCGUGCCGUACGAUCCCGGCGGGCACCCGUGUCGCCCGCCGCGCGCCCGCCUCCGCCCUCCUUCCCUACUGGAGCCGCGCCCGGUAGCCCGAUUGUAG